UACAGGAAAUGGGAGAGAGAAAAGGGACAGUGAAUUUGGCUCCUCUCACUCCGAAUCCAUCAUCGGCUAAACCCAACCCAAGUCAAUGCUUCCUCCGGCACAGCUAAACUAUUACUUCUUUCUCAAAUUCACACAAAAAUUCCCAAAUUAUCUCUCUGCUGCCGCUCCAGUUGGGUCCUCCGGCCAACCCACUUCUCCGGCUCUCUACCUUCCAUCGCUACAGUAUACUACGUUCACUGAUGUCUUGUGUGUGAAUGUAUUCGCUAAUAUGCUGUCCCAUCCGUCUACAUUGGUUGGUUUAAUAAUAAUACAGUAAAGGAAACUUUUUUAAAGAACAAUGGGUUCUAUUCCCAACAGACCUUUAUUUUGUCUCAAGCUACCAUGGGAUGUGAACCAAAAUUCUAAAAGUCCUAGUGACUGCACUUUUGAGGCUCCUUGGCUAUUUAGAUCUUUGCAAAGUGUUGGAUCCAUGGCCUUUAAUUUCAUCAACUCAAUUUCAAAAUCCUCGGAUCCUUUGACAAAUAAAUUCAAACCCUUUCAAUUUGAUGCUGGAACUGGAACCAUCCAAAAUAAGACCUUAAAGUCAAAACUAAGCUUGAAUCCUGAAGAGCAAGGAGAGGCAGAGCACAGAGCAUUUGCAUCAGCACUAGCGAGUUGUAAAGAUGCUACAGUAAUUGAGUUCUACUCACCCAAGUGCAGGUUGUGUAAUUCCCUGGUGAAUUUUGUUAUGGAGAUUGAGGGCAGGAAUUCAGAUUGGAUGAACAUUGUGAUGGCAGACGCAGAGAACGAUAAAUGGCUUCCCGAGCUCCUCCAUUAUGGCAUUAGAUAUGUGCCUUGCUUUGUGCUGCUUGACAAGAAAGGGAGGGCACUAGCAAAGACAGGUGUUCCGAGCAGCCGGCUACAUGUAAUAGCAGGUCUCUCUCAUCUCCUCAAAAUGAAACGACCCCAAUAAAGUAGUAAUUGUGUUUAUUAUAAGAUCGACUAUACUGUGAAACUAUUCUUAUACAUUCGUGUUUAACAUGUCGUGAGAUCAGUAUUUAGUAUGUUCAACAUUUCAUGAUUUUUAUGUACGAGGGUGUUCUCAUCAGAAAAUGGAUCCUGUUGUUUUGCUACUGCUUUAAUGCCCAAUGCAGCUGGCUUGCUUGAGAAACACCUCGCAGAACGAAGGUGUGUGAUUAGAUUAGACCUCAGCUUGACAAAAGCAAAUGUAGUCGACAAUAUUACAUUAGUGCUUCAAAGACUUGAUCUAGUAAUUCUAUUGUCUAGUCCUGGGAUUAUCGAUACGAGCCUCAGAUUAUAUUUUUUAGAGAAUACCAACUCAAA